UGUGUUGGUUCGAAAGAAGUGACGUAGGGAGCUGCUCCCGUCAUGCAGUGCGGGACGCGAGUCUGUAAGGAGGGAGGGCUGGAGAUACUGUAGUGUCGCCAUAUUGUUACUGAGGAAAGAGCGAAUAUUGGGAAAAAAAAGGACCCGCUUGGCGUAUUGGGCACCUCCUAGACACGACCCUGAAGAACUGAGCAUUGUGGUACUUUGUCCAUUUACUAUUGUCCACAUGGACCAAGACUAUGAAAGGCGCCUUCUACGACAGAUCAAUCUUCAGAAUGAAAACACCAUGCCUUGUGUAGCAGAGAUGAGAAGGACAUUGACUCCUUCAAAUUCUCCUAUGUCUUCUCCAAGCAAGCACGGAGAUCGAUUUAUUCCAUCCAGAGCUGGUGCAAAUUGGAGUAUUAACUUCCACAGGAUAAAUGAAAACGAGAAAUCGCCAAGUCAGAACCGGAAAGCCAAAGAUGCAACAUCAGAUAGUGGAAAAGAUGGUCUUGCAUACUCUGCUCUACUUAAGAAUGAACUUUUAGGAGCUGGAAUUGAGAAGGUUCAGGACCCCCAAACUGAAGAUCGUCGGUUGCAGCCUUCUACACCAGAGAAGAAGAGCCUUUUCACAUAUUCCUUAAGUUCCAAGAGAUCAAGUCCUGAUGAUGGAAAUGAUGUGUCUCCUUAUUCUUUGUCUCCUGUGAGCAACAAAAGUCAAAAGCUUUUGCGUUCUCCACGAAAGCCUACCCGAAAGAUUUCCAAAAUUCCAUUCAAGGUGCUUGAUGCCCCUGAACUGCAAGAUGAUUUCUACCUCAAUCUAGUUGAUUGGUCAUCUCUUAAUGUCUUAAGUGUAGGACUGGGAACCUGUGUGUAUCUGUGGAGUGCAUGCACUAGCCAAGUGACAAGAUUGUGUGAUUUAUCUGUAGAAGGAGACUCUGUGACAUCAGUGGGUUGGUCUGAGAGGGGGAAUCUGGUGGCUGUGGGUACACACAAAGGUUUUGUGCAGAUUUGGGAUGCCUCAGCAGGGAAGAAACUGUCCACUUUAGAAGGACACACAGCUAGAGUUGGGGCUUUAGCUUGGAAUGCAGAUCAGCUUUCCUCCGGGAGUAGAGACCGUAUGAUCUUGCAAAGAGAUAUUCGCACACCACCUGUGCAAUCUGAAAGACGGUUACAGGGUCACAGGCAAGAAGUUUGUGGCCUCAAGUGGUCCACUGAUCAUCAGUUGCUAGCAUCGGGAGGAAAUGACAACAAGCUCCUGGUAUGGAAUCACUCAAGUUUAACGCCUGUCCAACAGUACACAGAGCACCUUGCUGCAGUUAAAGCAAUUGCUUGGUCUCCUCACCAGCAUGGUCUUCUUGCAUCAGGAGGAGGGACUGCUGACCGCUGUAUCAGAUUCUGGAAUACACUUACUGGUCAGCCUCUCCAGUGCAUUGACACAGGCUCUCAAGUCUGCAACCUGGCCUGGUCAAAGCAUGCUAAUGAACUUGUGAGCACUCAUGGCUAUUCUCAGAACCAGAUACUUGUAUGGAAAUACCCAUCUCUAACACAAGUGGCAAAGCUCACUGGACAUUCCUACAGAGUCCUUUAUCUUGCCAUGUCCCCAGACGGUGAAGCCAUUGUUACAGGUGCCGGAGAUGAAACGUUAAGGUUCUGGAAUGUUUUUAGCAAAACAAGAUCGACUAAGGAAUCUGUCUCCGUUCUCAAUUUGUUUACUAGGAUACGAUAAACUAUCCUUCCAUCAGUGUUCUCAGCCACUGGUUUCCAAAUUCAGUGCUGUGUUCCAAGCAAGAAAAGAGACUGGUUACUGUGCAGAGCUGAGCUUCAACACCAGAGAAAUAAAGUUGAGGAAAAAUACACUGCAUUAUAUCUAUACCUUAUUCAAGGGGUGGUUAAAAAAAAACACUUUCCUAUAUACUGAAGGAGGAUAUAAAAACAACCCUAAUGAUUUCUGUAGUGAUGUAUUUAAAUCUGCAUAUAGAAAGCCUUGCAUAUGUCUUCUUUUGGAUUAACAUCUUGAAAAAAUUAAUUGCCAUUUUUUUUUUUUUUUAAGCUGACCGUAAGUUAAAGCAGACACCAUCAUGCCAAAAAGUAUUGGGACCAUGCUCUGUUGUGUAUAGAUGAAAAAUACCCAUACUGAUUUGUCUUGUUUGCAUGCAAUGGAAUUCACACACUAUAAGUACUUCAGUAGUACAGCAUAUUCUCACCCUAGAUUUUUAUUUUGUGAAUAUUUUGGUAGUGCUCAUACUGAGGAAUGGCGGGUGGGUGGGGAUAGUAUAGGGGUUUGUGUGAAUGUUUAAAUGAACGUUUGUUUUUUCUCAUUGUUACAAAAUGUUUAAUUCUAUGCAUUUCUAUUUCUUUUUAUGGUUGAUGCUCUGUAUUUUAAUGUUAAUUUAACGUUCUGUUUGGGAUCAUUCAGAAAAGUUGCCUGCCGUUGUCGUCCCUUUUUUUUUUUUUGCAAUGUUUUGCACAACCGAGGCAUUGUUGGGAUGGAAAACAUGGAAUCGCUGAAACGAAGCACUUAAUUUCAUUGCCCCUCUUAAAUCUUUCUUUUAUGUCCUUAAGUGCAUGAGGAGGGUACAGGUUAAAAUGUGUGUGACCAGCCUAUAAUGCUCAGGUUUUGAUAAAGUGAAUUUUCUCUGGUUUUUACUUCCA